UCAGCAUCCAUGCCAAUUGUCUGGUUAUCGGGGUAUUCCAGGAACGAGAAAAACAGGGUGCAUACUCUUCGCGCCAGGAAGAAACUAAUAAAAGGCUUGGGGUUCCCUGCCAGACUCAUCCUACGUCAUAAAUGUGCUACUCCUCAAAGCAUUAGGUCGGUCGGUCUAGGCCCGUAUUUACGAGGAAUUCAACCCGUUUUCUUCACUUUUUCGUUGUCCAUUUCUUGCAAGUGGGCUAGAUGCUUGGGCGAAUCGGCACGCCGAAGUUGAAAUACAUCCGCGGCAUCUGGGGUUAGUUACAAUGCCGAGGUGGACAUUUCUGGUGCUCCUCUUAGCAAGAACAUCGCUAGAAGCCCAAGAUCCUCUAGACGCUCUAGCUGUAGGGUGGAAGAAUUCUACUUCCCCGCAGGCUGAGCGAGAAACGGUGAAAAUGCCUUUCGGGAAUGCCCUUUAUGCUCUUGCCGCCCCGAAAAGAAAUCAUACCGAGCUUCGCUGUUGCACAAAAACAUAAUAGGAAAUCAAAUAAGACAGGAUGUUUCUUAACGGCAGCAGCUAGGGGGUGGAAGGGGUGGAAGGGGGGGGCAAAUUCAGCAGCAAAGCUCGACGGUCCCAGCAAGGAAUGCUGGGAAGUCAACGCCAAUGCUUACGUCUGCGAAAUUUCAGCAGUGGAAUAUGGAUUUCUGAGCUUCAAACAAGCUACGGCAGCUCUAACCAUAUGCGUUAAACAGCAUGAGUUAUAAUAUCCACGGUUGGGUUGUUGGGCUAGAAUCUCCAAGAGUUGAGGCAAACUUCAGCGAUGUUCAGCAACUGCUCGAGCGACAUCUAUCAAUCGCCCAGGAGCCUUCGCCAUUUUUAUGUAGGCGGUGUUGAUAAGGGUUUAUAUUACAACGUCGCCCUUCCUUUAAUGGCACGUCUAUAAAGGUUAACUCAGCACUUAGGCAUCGCGCUUAAUUAGGGUUUUCCGAUCAAACUCCAAUCGCCAAUGGGGGAGUGUGGUACAUUUGCGCGGGGAUACUCGAGUCAACCCUCAUAUUUCACAAUUGAAUUCGCGCCAGUUUUACAGCAAAAUUUGUCCAGCACUCGUUGUGGCGAUCAGGUCCUCGGAUUUCCGUAUCCACGAUGCAUUCUUUAUCCCGGGAACUCUACCCUGUUGACAACAAGGGUAGACAUGUACUCCGUACGAUGAAUAUAUUCGGAACACCAAGGUCUAAAUCCGGCGUCAAACGGGAGGCGAAACAUAGAUAUCGGAAGAGUUGAAAUGACGAAAAUCCGAACCUGAUCAGAACGUUUGAACUACAGUCAUCUGUUACCUAGAUAUUAGUACGCGUUUGCGGCAAUAUGGCUCGGAGUUCCGGCUGAUGCCACGGCGUGAUGCCAAUCGGCAGCCCGCCGAUAUGUCCACGACUGACUGACUGACUGACUGACUGCGAUGAUAUAGGGCAAUUCAUUCCAGCACCUCCCCAUGAAUGUUAGUGGCUACGCUUUCUUCUUUAUAAGCAAGGGAAAGCGGAAAUGAAGACCUUCAGCCCGAUUUGCCUCCUUUUAUUCUCUCACCCACCGUCGAAACGUGGAUCCAGAUCUAAACUACUUGUUCCUAGUUUCAACUUGCAGGCAUUACCACCAUUCGAGGUUUGAAAUUGUCGAACAAGACAUGCAAGAUCCAUAGGCCCUUCCUUUCGAUUGCUAUAAUCGUUGAAUAUAUUUGGGUCAACCAAACACCCAGUCCAUUGCAAGAGUGCUAGCGCUCUAAGCAACAACAUCUAAGAACUAAUGGACAGCUACAUGAUAAGUUGUGAUGAUCGCGACAAAUCGAUACUUCCAAAAUCUGGAAUUUGAGCCAUGUGGUCCAUUUAAAGUUGUACCGCCCUCUUGAAACAUCAAAAAAGCAAGUGGAAUCCCCUCCCCACCUAUUCUGCUACUCUCCAGUCUACUCGGUAUAGUGGGACUUGCGUGUUCUACUGUGCCUAAUGUUUUACUACUCCGGGGCCUCUUAAAACGCCAAUAAUGGAUAUCCAUUCACUGUGUUUUCGGACAUUCGAUUACUGCGAGGUGGUCCGGGUGAUGGUUGGGAAACAAUGUUGCCGAAAAAGAUAUGGUCUUUUUCGGCAGGGCAAGUUUGAGGUUGGUCCCCCUAUGCGAGGGGCCUGUAAAAAGAGCUUAAUGCUUCCAAAAUUUCAACGCUGGGCGCUUUCGAAUCUCGAUCUAGGAUCCACCAGCUAAUAAGGUUUAAUCCACCAAGUUACAUUUUCUUAUACUUCGGGCGAUUAGUGUGGCGCGCAGCUCCAGUCAUGGAGGGUGGUGGCAGGAGUUUACCUGCUCAGUGGUUCUCCUUCCAGAAGGAUUUGAGUGAAUUAUAUUAAUGGGCAUAUAGCUCACAACUUGGGUUCUUUCCUCUUCGUUCCUUUCCCCUCAUUACAUUCCUUUCUUACAUCCUUCUUUUUGUUUGCAUUCUAUAUUCUUGCUCAUUGGCCUUUGUUCUCCUACCCUUCUUUAAUUUCUGUACGGAUAUUCCAUUCCUUACUAUGCAGUUAUCCUCAGUUCUAUUGACGGCAGCCGGACUGCUCGUUCCCAUAUACUCUAGCGCCAUUAUCUCCAUCGGACGUCGCUCUGAGGGCCUCGAUGUCAGCCUCGCCUCAACGGGAAACACCAAAGUCCAAGUUUCUGUGACGAACACUGGCUCCUCAGAAAUUUCCAUUCUUAGAGCGAACACACUCUUUGACGCAUCUCCCACGAAAAAGUUCACUGUCUACAAAGAGGGCUCCCGAAAAGAAGUGCCCUUUAAAGGCGUUCACUUACGCCGCAGUCCCUCUGACCUAGCCAAAGACAACCUCCAACCUAUUGGCCCCGGCCAAACUAUCGACAAAGAAUUCGACCUCGCGGAAACCCUCAAUCUCUCAGAAAGUGGUACCUACAUUGUCUCCGCCGACGGUGUCUUCCCAAUUAUCGACCCCAAAUCAUUCAGCAUUGCUAGUGUCAUCCCGUACGAAUCCAACGAACUUAAAAUAGAAGUAGACGGCAAACAGGUAUCAGGCGUCCUCUCCACCCGCGCCAAAAUACAUGACCAUCUCGCCCAGCGCGCCGAUUUCAACAACGGCAACUGUACCGACCAUCAAAAGGCCGUCAUCGCCAGCGCACUGAAACGAGACUCCAGCAUCGCCGGAGAAGCUUCCAACGCGGCUCUAUCCGGCGACGUGCGAGUGUUCGAGCAAUACUUUCGCACAACAGACCCCUCCAAUCCGCCAGCAAGUUUCCGACCGCUUCCACGCCAUCUCUAACGAAGCCUGCAGCGCUGAGGGCGGGGUAGUCAAGUACCAGUGCGAAGAUGAGAUGGAUGUCUGCCGCCCGGACACGGUCGCCUAUGCGCUUUCAGGAUCGAAUGUCGUUGUCAACUGUCCAAUCUACUAUUCGGUAACCGCGGUGUCGCAGGCGUGCGAUGCGGGCGACCAGGCGCUGACUGUCAUCCAUGAGUUAUCGCACAUCGAUGCCGUUUACUAUCCCGCCACGACGGAUCUUGCCUACGGUGAAGAUGCGUCGAUGGCGUUGAAUGCUGAUAUGUCGAUUCGGAACGCCGAUAGUUAUACCUUUUAUGCCAAUGCCGUACGACAAAACUGCAAUCCUAGUUAAAUGGAGCGCUGCCGCAAUGCUAGGGCACACAACUUCAGGAAAGAGAGGGGCCCAAAUCCACCUUGGUCGGGGGGUAUUCCAUCAUAUCUGCACGGCGGCCAUACUCAUCAUGAGCUCAGACACUGCAAAAAUGUAUCAAUGAACAUGUAUCUGUUUGCGAAAACCAAAAAAUAUCAGCGACGGGCGGGGCAUGGCCUGUUCCCAAAAAAAUGGAGGAAACAAAGAGUGCAGGGCAUUUUCAAUUUUGAAUUUUGAAUUUUUCUUUUUCUCCCCCUCCCCUUUUAAAUGUUAGCAUGCUCUCCCUUAGACAUGUCCUAUUCUUACUUGCAUCUAGCAGGUUCCUAGGUAUCAAUGAUAUUCAGCACUGUUUAUUCCAUAGAACCACCCAAAGAGAUAAAUAUUAUUUUUAGAGGAAAAUCACAGAAUCAUGAUAAAACAGACGCACGCAUAUAUAGAACUUGUUCUUCCUAUUUUUCCACUGCCAAUCAAUACCCUUCUCUACAUGCUGCUGGACAAUCCAUUCAUAUCUACAUACAAACCUACCUUGGAUCUUUACCAUUCAAAUCUCACUCCUAGCGCUUUGACGAGGAACGGAGGGCGCGGCCAUAAAAAAUAAAACAUUAUAGUUUAUUCCUUUCC